UCGCUGAAGGCGAAAAGUUUGAUGCAAGUUGUACUGUUUUCAUUCGUUAUUUUCCAUUAGAAUAUCACAAAAAAUUAUAUUUCUCACAACUUAAAUGUUUACAACAAAUUUUUCGUGAUUUUUUCGGUAUUGGUCGAAUUUGUGUAGUGUAAAAGUUUGUAUUCAUUCUCUAUUUGCAGGGAAUAUUAUCGGUUCUGUUAUCGUCUUUUUGUGAACGUUGGAUAGUGAAUAGGGUAUAGAUCAGUGAUUUAGAAACAUUUCUCAAUCUAGAAAUUAAUGUUAAAUAUUUGAGAUACUCAUCGUAAUCAAAAGUUCAAGUAUAUCUAUAAAAUCAUCUAAUAUGUCCAAGGAAAUAGUUGAUGAAAGGGUAACUGAUGAAAUUGAAGCUCUUUGUGCUAUACUCCUGGAUAAUGAAUUACGAGUUAAAAAGAAUGAAAAUGGUAUCCCUGAACAGGUAGAAAUUCUGGUAUUUCCUUCAACAGGAGAAGAUUCUCAGUCACAAUACGUUUGUAUUACUCUUGUGGUUCAUCUCCCAACUGGUUACCCUGAUGUUUCUCCUACAAUUUCUUUGAGAAAUCCGCGAGGACUAGAUGAUGACGUUUUAAAAACUAUUCAAACUGAGACUGAAAACAAAUGCAAAGACUUUUUAGGUCAGCCAGUAAUGUUCGAAUUAAUAGAGUUAGUUCGAGAACAUUUAACACAAAGUAAUCUACCAACGGAUCAAUGUGCUAUUUGUCUCUAUGGAUUUCAAGACGGUGAUAAAUUCACGAAGACCGAAUGUUAUCAUUAUUUUCAUUCAUAUUGUCUUGCUGCUCAUGUCACUGCUGCGGAACGUUUUUACCAAGAAGAGUUUGAAAAGUUGCCCCAGUGGCAACAAGAUUCUGCUAAAGAAUUUCAGGCCAGCUGUCCUGUUUGUCGUGAGCCUAUAAGCUGUGAUGUGAAGAACUUGUGUUCCGCACCGCCUCCAAUUGAUGUAGAAUCAGCAACUGAAUUUGCUUUAACACCAGAAUUACAAGAACUUCAACAACAAAUGUCUAGAUUAUUUCUGCACCAGCAACAGCAGGGUGGAAUUAUUGAUCCAGAAGCUGAAGAAAUAAAGAUGUUGCUCAGAACUGAGAAUAGUACCAUCGACGCAGUGCAAUCGAUUAACAUACAUGCUGGUCCAAGUCUAACAUCUCUUUCUGCACAAAGCAACAUUAAUAUAAGUACCGCGCCUCAUAAUAACGAUCAAGUAAUGGAGCAGAAAAAUUCAAUUCAACAACCAUCAAGUGAUGUACAAAAUGAAAAACAAUGUGAUAUACGACGACAUAAUAAUCAUUAUCAACAUAAUCAUAGUCGCCGUAAUCGUGUUCGCGGUCGUGGUAAGAGUAAUCGUCAUAAUAAUGACAGAUAUAGACCAUCUGAAUCUUCAUUCAGAUGACAAUGGGUUUCCAACAGUAACAGUUUAAAUUAUUAUUUUUUUCUCUCUACAUUUUUUAAUGCACAAAAAAUACAAACUUUUGUUAAUUCAUGCUUUAUAUCACUAAUAUUGAUUAUUUCUUAGAAAAUAUUACUAUAUAGUUUUUUUUUCUUUGAAUAUUAUCAAAAGAACUGUUGCAAAGCAAAACACAGUAUCUUAUACACCUGGAAUUGUUACUGUGUUGUAAGUUAUCGAAAAAAUACUUAGAUUGAACAUUAUAAAUGUUUUCUCAAUUGAUAGACUACAUGCACAAAUUAAUUAACAUAUUCAUUAAUUUUUUAAAUAAAAAAAAGGUUAUGUUAUAUUUAGUUGUAAAGAUAGUAUAAAUAAUAAUUUCAAUUAAGAGAUAAAAAUCUUAUAUUUUUAUUGAAAAAAAGAGCUCUCAUUAAAAAUAGGUUUUGUAAGCCUUUGGAUGUGCAUGUAAUCUCUUAAUUGCUAAAGUAUUUUUCAUCAUAUAUAUAUAUGUAUAUUUCAUUAAUUAAAAUUAAAAUGUGUCACUC